AAGUUAUACAACAUUAUAAGUGUCGAGUGAGAUUAUUAAUAUAAGAUAAUAAGAUGGCUGGUUUACUAAGGAAUGUAUUGGGUUUGAACUAUGGUGGAAACAAUGGCACAGUUGAUGCAUUUAACAACAAAUUGGGUACACAAGAUUACGAUGAAGCUGAAUUCAACACUGGUGCUGAAAUUAAAAAAGGAAGUUACCCAACUCAUAGCAACAAUGGAACCAAAAAGGCAUUCAACAACUCAUGGGGAGGAACUCAGAAAUUCGGAAAAGCUAAGUUUAACACUGGUGCCAAGAUUGGAAACUAAAACCUUUACAUGUUUCAGAAGCUUCACAAAUAAUAUAAUUAUGAAUAAAUAAUACUAAUAAUGUGUUUUAAGUAUGUGUGUGAUCAGGUGUACUUGAUGUACUAAUACUACCAAACACUAUCUAAUAAAUUUGAAUUUGGUCAUGUAUA